CUAUAGAAGGGGAAAUAUGAAUGCAAUAAAUACAGACAAUCAUAUAAUUUAUAUAUUUUCAAGAAACAAUCUGAAUUUCAAAUAAUCUCAAAAUGCUGACAAUUAUAUUUGAACUAUAGGAUAUAUAUUUUUCUUUCUCAUUUUUUUCAUUGUAUUUUUUUUAAAUACAGGAAUCAGUUAGAACAAUACUAGUGCCUGUUUGUCUUAAUUUUUAAAAAGUACUAUUUUAAAAAACUUUACCAGCUGGUUUUUCUUUACACAUUCACAACUGAAUCCAAAUAAGAACAGUUUCUGAAAGUUUGUUCCUCAAAAAUGAAAGAAAAUAUUCAUGUGAUUUGUAGCGUUGACUUCCUCAAAAGGGUUUUGUUUUAAUAACAAUUUCCUUAUUUUACAAGCCAUGCCUCUGUGAAAGCAGAGUGAAGAGCUCGAAAUAUAUAUAAAUCAUGUGGAAAAGUAAUAAAAUAUCUAUGUUUUAUUUUGUGGACAAAGAAUCCAAUUUAUGUAACUUCUUCCAACAGGCAAGUAGUCCUACUACAGGGACAGCUCCCGGGAGCCAAUCACGGUUAUCUGUCUGCCCAUCUACUCAGGACAUCUGUAGAUCUUCCACUUUACAUGACCUAUCAGAGGAUACAUUUGAAACAUCCAUCCAUGUCAUGGGGCUGAGUUCUGCUAGGAAAAAUCAUGUUAAAAAGGUGAAACAAGGUGUUAGGCAGAGAAAGAAGGCCGAGGAGAAUUCUGAUGAUAUAGUAAAGCAAAGAAAAGACAAGGAUGUCAAGACACAUCCCAAGAUCACAAAUCCUCGAUGGAACGCCUUUUGUAAAACAACAUCCGAUUCUUCAACUUCAGAUGAAAAUUAUUGGGCCCAAGUUAGAAAAAAAGAUAGAGCCAAAAUGCUUAGGAAAACGAGAAGACAGAACCCUCCAAAUGUUUCUACAGAUGAGCGUUGCAAUAAGAACACUAUUGAACUUGCCACAAUGGGAAUAAGUAAGGAAAAGAAGUCAGAUCUUGAAAGCUAUAAUCUAAAUAAUAGGAAGACAAUUAGAAGGUAUAAAGAAAACUCCCUCUCAUUAUCUUCUGUGUCCUCUGUGGAACCCAACUCCUUGAGACGGUCUGGAAAACACCAGAAUAGCCAUCAAGAUUCAGAACCUUCCGCUUACAUUAGGCAAGGUAGCACAAGCAAGGAGGACAGUAGUUCGGAGGAAAGCAUAGGCAGAGAUCUUUUUACAGUUACAGGAAAUGGAACACCUGCUGAGACAGGGGCUUCUGUGACAGUGGCUGCUCGGAAACGUCCUGUGUUUUAUGAUGACUUAUCUGACGAAUUUGACGUAUGCAGG